AUGCUCUUCAACAUCAAGGCUCUCGCCGUUAUAGCGGUCCUCGCCAACCUCGUCGUCGCAGCCCCCGUGGCCGAAUCCGCCCCCGACACCUCCUCUCCUGACGCCGAUGCCACUCUCGACAAGCGCCUCUCCGCCUACUCGGUCUGGCAGGUCAACUCCGGCGGAGCCCUCCACGGGUACACGAUGUUCAGAGAUGGAGACGUCUGCCGCAACCGCGGCCAGGAGCUGUUCGAAAAGAACUACGGCUACCUUAACCGCGCAUUCACGCUGUCGCCGGACAAACCGCUCAGGUUUGACAAUGUCGCUGGGCUCGGGACGGUCGAGUUCUGGUUGACCCCCAAUGGGUCACUCGCCGGGAAACGGCCUGGUCAGAGCAGAUCAUCAGAUUGGGGCGUUGCCUCGUGCCGGCCUGCCAGCGGCGAUAAAGUCGGUGAAAGCGUCUGCAAGGGUUUGGGGGGCUCGGAGGACAGGCGCAAGUGGCUCUGCGUGGUCACCUAG